CAGGACGAAGAACAAAGCGAUCAGGAGGACGAAGAACAAAUGGAUUCAGACAGUUCUUUGAUUUCUCGUCGCGGACCAGAAGCUUUCGACAAGGGGGAAGCUUCUAGCUGGGAAGCUCACAACGUCGACGCCGAGCAUUUUCGUCAACCUGAAGACCCGCACGUCGUCACAGCAACAGCUACAGUUAGUGAAGGCGUCGAAAAUAAACUCAUUCGCACUACUAGCUCCAGUGGUGGCCGACGAGAAGAAGUCUCCGCUGCAGUGCAAAAAGACGGAAUCGUGCACCGCAUGCUGUGCAACAUGGUCCGGAGCCAGUUUUUACACAAAGGCGGGGAAGCAGGGAAAGACACUCUGAAGAGAAUCACAUUGGCAGGCUUUGAAUCUCAAGAUGGCGACGCAACGGAAGCAGCGGCUUUCGAGGACAUAAUGUCUGAGGGACAAGAUGAAACAGAGGAGGAUUUUCUUUACCACUACUGGUGCAAAAAGAUAAAGUCUAUGGUGCACGCGGGUGAAAUAGUCAAUGAUUUAGCCUUCAAGGAAAAUAAUGCGGGGCAUUUGUUUGGGACCAACACCACGACGACUCUCGUGGUGCCCGCGAGACAAGAUGAUGGAGGUGAGGAGCUCCGGGCCGCGUUCUUCCGCCGAUCUGGUACAUACAACAGCAGUAGGACGAACACAAGCGCGGAGCAGACGGAAACAGCCGCGUCCUCGCCAAGUUUGCGAUUCUUCACGGCACAGGGCAUCCUUUUGGAGGAGGGCACCACGGUAGGAGAAGGAGGAUCUCGGGAGCAUGGUGAGGUGAGCACGUUUGCCACCGUUUCUGUUCGCGCGCCGGAGAAAGUGCCCCACAGCCGGUAUCAUGGCCGCACCAUCGGCAGUGCAACAGCCAGGAACAAGAGCGCACUUGACGAAGACCGCCACAUCGGGUCGUCCGACGCAGCUGUCAUUGCGGGCGACACAGCGAACAACGGCACCUUUGGUGUUCCGGGCGAACCACCCCGUCGUGGACAGGUGGUUAAGAAGAUCUCCUGCACGGGCGACGAUCUGAUGCAAAGUGUUUUGAAAGCCCAGGACCAGCAAGAGGAACAUGAGUCUUCUUCAGCAAAUGAUGGCGCCGGGGAAGAAGGAAAACAACCCGUAAACUGGUGUGACCGGAUCGCGGAGGAGGUUCUUAUGAACAUAUUUCUCACCCACGCCGCAAACACCUGUGUCGCGAAGUUGACUCGUGUGGUGUUUUUCCUUGAGAGUGCAGCUGAAAGUCCGGACGAGCCAACAUACAUCGGAGAUGACCUGCAGGGCAGGAGAAACCAUAGGGAUUUCUUAGUUUUUGCUCUGUUUCUUGAGCGGCUCGAUCUUUUUGAGCAGAACGGUAAAAAGCCCUCGCGCGAAGUAUCGCAAAACUUGAUUAGUCGGCACGGACCAGAGGUGCCGGAGCGGUUGAUUCGGAGCCUGUACGGGUGCCUGGACAAAUUUUCAAAGAUCGGUUUCGUACACAACGAUGUCAUCGUGGAGCACGUUGGUCGCCGCAUCCUUGAACACGAUAGAAAUGGGGAGCACGACGACCUCGGAACAACAGAUCUAAAGUUUACCGACUUAAGCGAGUCGUCCUUUGUUGCUCUGAAGAAGGUUGAACAAAAAAUCGGGAUGAACACCGGGGACGAGGGUACUAAGCGAGACCGUGCUGGAGUUGCUGAACUACAGUCCACCGGGCGCAUUGUCUUCGGCAAAAUGGUGGUCGUCAAUGGAGACGUCACGCCGGUCCUCGGUGGCGUGGAUUCUUGUAACCCCCUGCUGUGCAGCACUGUCAGGGUCCUGCUGGACGAAAACAACAAGUUACCCGCGGAACAGCGAAUGGAGCUCGCGGGUGUCGACGUGCCAUGCAAUGCGAUUGGUGGGAGUUCUGGCGACGGUGGUUUGGGUCGCCGUAUAGAAGGACGGAACUACGGCCCGGCAUUCGACUGGUACGGUGGCGCACUAGCCUUGAUUCUGUUUUUAGAUUCUGGGCCGCCAUUGCAGAAUGCCAUGCAAAACGGUACCUCUUGGGCCACGAUUGUCAACCAAGACGUGACUAACUUUGGUCUUUCAAACGCGCGAAAGGGCUGUGCGCUCGAAAUGACAGAAGCAACGGUAUUUCCAAUAAUAUCACACACUGCCGGCGAUGAUUCCGCUGUCAAACUUUUGGAGAUGAACACCUCCGAGCUGAACACGUUGGGCCUCAUGGAGAAGAGCUUGCGAGAAAAUGCCAAACUGCUGCCAGAACUUUCGGAAAUCUUGCUGCUUCCGAUCAGAAAUUUCGGUGAUCCGGAAGACGCAAAAAGGAAAACACUUGUGCGGCUGGAGGAUUUUUUUAGCCGACAACAUGGCUUAGUCGCAGGUGUUUCCGAUGAAGCGGUUGGGAGAUUUGGUGAUAAAGCUGGACGAAAUAAUUCGGCUCUUUCUCAGCCCACCGGUUAUCCAUUCCACGCUCGGUGGACUGAUCCGGAUCGCACGGUUGCGGUGGUCCGCUCAAACCGUCUCACUGAAGGGCCUACGACGACAACGGCCGUAGAUCGGUGGCUGCUACGGUGGGCGACGGCUGCUCGUCGUGAAAACCCAAAACCGAGUGCUGCGCACCCCCGCAGCAAGUACUUGACGUGGUUGACAAAGACCGUACCUCGCGCAGCUGCCAAGAAAGGACUGGGCGCAGUCGCGAAUCGGG